AAGCCCUGCCCCUCGGCUGCCCGGCCCCUGCGCGCCUGGAAGCCGGAAGCGGGCGAAGAAGAGCCAGUUCUGAGCUUCUCCGAGGAAGGGGAAGGCCAGGGCCCGUGCCCCGCAGAGCCCCAACCGCGGGCCGCCAGCGCCCUGCGACAGCGCGGGACCAUGGGGACUCCGCGCCGCGGGCCACCCGUCCUCCCGGGGCCCCCGCUGGGGCGGCUACUAGUGCCCCUGCUCCUGAGCGGGCUGUCCCUGGCUCGCGCCUCCCCGCGACUCUUGGACUACCCGGCGCCAGUCUGCUCUCAGGAGGGACUAAACUGCGCAGUCAAGAAUAGUACCUGCCUGGAUGACAGCUGGAUCCACCCUCGAAAUCUGACCCCCUCGUCCCCCAAAGAUGUCCAGGUCCACCUGGACUUUGCCCACAACCAGCAUGGAGACCUCCUACCUGUGGCUCGCAUCAGAUGGACCCUGCAGACAGAUGCGAGCAUUCUCUUCCUGGAGGGUGCUGAGCUAUCUGUCCUGCAGCUGAACACCAAUGAACGCUUGUGCAUCAAGUUUGAGUUUCUGUCCAGACUGCAGCAUCAUCGCCAGCGGUGGCAUUUUACCUUCAGCCACUUUGUGGUAGAACCUGGCCAGGAGUAUGAGGUGACCGUUCACAACCUGCCCAAACCCAUCCCUGAUGGGGACCCAAACCACCAGUCCAGGAACUUCCCCGUGCCUGGCUGCGAGGACCCCAGGAUGAGGAUGACCACACCAUGUGUGAGCUCAGGCAGCCUGUGGGACCCCAACAUCACGGCAGAGACCCUAGAGGCCCAGCAGCUGCGGCUGAGCUUCACCCUGUGGAACGAGUCUACCCCUUACCAGAUCCUGCUGACCAGCUUUCCACACACGGAGAACCAGAGCUGCUUCCAUCACGGGCUCAUGGUGUCCACGCCCACACUCGAGGAGUUCCACCAGCGGGCCAACGUCACGCUCACCCUGUCAGACCGGACUUGGUGCUGCCGCCACCGAGUGCAGAUCCAGCCCUUCUUCAGUAGCUGUCUCAACGACUGUCUCAGACACUCCGUAACCCUUCCCUGCCCAGAAAUUCCAGAUGCUCCAGGCCUUCUCUGCCAUGUCACUCAUGUCGUUCUGCUUCCCACAGACUACAUACCCCUGUGGGUGUACGGCUUCAUCACGGGCAUCUCCAUCCUGCUGGUGGGUUCCGUCAUCCUGCUGAUCAUCUGCAUGACCUGGAGGCUGCCCGGGUCUCAUCGUGAAAAAUAUGGUAAUGACAGCAAAUGCACAGAUGUCCUGCCAGAGACCAGCCUGACCCCACCACCCCUGAAGCCCAGGAAGGUCUGGAUUAUCUACUCCGCUGACCACCCCCUCUACGUGGAUGUGGUCCUGAAGUUCGCCCAGUUCCUGCUCACUGUCUGUGGCACAGAAGUGGCCCUUGACCUGCUAGAGGAGCAGGUCAUCUCAGAGGUGGGGGUCAUGACCUGGGUGGGCCGCCAGAAGCAGGAGAUGGUGGAGACUAACUCCAAGAUCAUCAUCCUGUGCUCCCGAGGCACCCGGGCCAAGUGGCAGGCCAUCCUCGGCUGGGAGGAGCCGGCCGUGCAACUCCGGUGUGACCGCUGGAAGCCAGCGGGGGACCUCUUCACCGCGGCCAUGAACAUGAUCCUACCAGACUUCAAGAAGCCAGCCUGCUUCGGCACCUACAUCGUCUGCUACUUCCGUGACAUCAGCAGUGAGAGUGACAUCCCCGACCUCUUCAACAUCACUUCCAGGUACCCGCUCAUGGACAGAUUUGAGGAAGUGUACUUCCGGAUCCAGGACCUGGAGAUGUUUGAACCCGGCCGGAUGCACCGUGUCGGGGAGCUCACAGGGGAGAACUAUCUGCAGAACCCGAGCGGCUGGCAGCUCAAGGAGGCAGUGGAGCGGUUCCGGCAGUGGCAGGUCCAGUGCCCAGACUGGUUUGAGCAUGAGAACCUUUGCUCAGCGGAUGACCAGGACCUCCCGUCGCUGGACGAAGAGGUGUUCGAGGAGCCCCUGCUGCCGCCAGGAAGAGGGAUCAUCAAGCAGAAACCCCUGAUACAGGAACCCGCCUCCAAGGGUGCCCUGGUGGGAGAGCUGCUCAUCAGGGAGGAAGGAAGAGGACUGUCGAGGCUGGACCCUCAACUCCUGCCCCAAGGAGAACUGGCAACCCAGGCUCUCCACACCGCGGUGCUCCCAGUGGAGGAGGUCCCUCCGGCUCAGGCCGUGGAACCCGUUCCUCUGGCCACCGAGAGUAACACAGCAGGCCGGUUGGCUGUCGGGGAGGCAGACGAGGCCUACCCACUGUUGGAGGGCUACGGCCCACAGCGGAACAGCGUCCUCUGCCUCCCCGUAGACUCAGAGGCCCCGCCUCUCUGCAGCACCCCGAUGGCAUCGCCCAGCUGCCUCCCGGAAGACAUCAGGGAGCAGCUCGAAGGCUUGAUGUUCUCCCUCUUCCAGCAGAGUCUGAACUGCCAGGCCCUGCAGGGCUGGGACAGAGCCCCAGUGGCUCUCAGAGACCUCUGCACACCCUCCGAGGAGGAGCAACGGCAGUCGGUGCAGUCUGACCAGGGUUAUAUCUCCAGGAGCUCCCCACAGCCCCCGGAAGGACUCAUGGAGAUGGAGGAAGAGGAAGAAGAGCAGGACCUGGGGACAUUGGCCAAGCAGCUCUCUCCCGAGGACCUAGAGAACCUGAGAAGCCUCCAGAGAAGGCUCUUCUUCCAAGAGCUUCAGAAGAGCUCUGGCUGGGACAGUGUGGAGCCAGAGGAGCCCUAGGGCCUCCGCACGCGCAGGGUGUUGAGAGAAGGGAGUGUGUGUGUCCACGAGGGUUCAUGCGAGUGUCUGUAUAUAUGUAUAGAUUCCUGUAUGAAGUGUUUGCCUUUAGAUGUGGACCUCUCGAGCCCUAGGUCUGCCCCUGAAUUUUCUUCCUCUGACCUUCUGGUCAUGUUCUGUCCCGGCAAGAAUCCACAGCCUGUCCCUGCCCUGAGCCAGCGAUACAGUGUCAUUGAGCCACCGUCGUGCCAUUUUCAGUCAUGCAACAUUUAUUUUACACCUCUUGUUGCCAAGCGUGUGAGAUGUAAAGGUAAAUCUUACAAGGUAGUAGCCCUGGUCACUAAGGGGUGAGAGUGACAGAUUAGCAAACAGGAUGGUCCUGUGUGUUGGAAAGGCUUGGUAGAGGUCUGCCUACGGCUAUAAAAGCACACAGAAGGAGCAGCUGGGCCCAGAGACUAUGGCUGGAGUGGGCAGCGCCUGGGGUGGGGCUGGAGCCAGGGGGGCUAGAGUGGGAGGACAGGACAGUCGGAGCCCAGGCUGGAGAGGGGCUUGUGGGCCAGGCUAGGGGGGUUGGGACAUCAGCCCGGUGGCCUGGCAUUCCUUUGAUAGGGUUACCUGCUGCCCUGCAGAGGAAGGACCUGAGGACCAAAAAUACCCGAAAGCCCCUGGGCAGCAGCACCCCCCAAGCUCAGGAGGUCCCAGAGCUGGGCACCCAAGCCUGGGUAUGAGAUAUGGAGGGCUCCGGCAGGGUGGGCGCAGGGGAGCAGGCCUCUCUGAGGGGGAGGGAAAUGGGCCUCUCUGUACUUAAGUCUGAGGCUCAAAGGCAGUAUUCGAGGAGAGAUGCUAAAGUUUAGUGAGUAAAGAAGCUGUUCUUCAGGUGCCUUCUUGGGAGGAGCUGAGGGCUAGGGCUUCUGUCUGUCUGGGUCCCGGCCCGGGAGGCCGUGUGCCCUUGCACUUGGGUGAGCUCCUCGCCUGUACCCUCGCCCUCAGCUGGAGCUCCAAGCUUCAGGGACGGAGUGAUGGGAAACCAUCCCAGGGUGUGUGUGUGUGUGUGUGACACAGACAUGUGCACACAAGGGAGAUAAUCAAUAAAAGAAGGAAUAAAUGUGUCUACUCUGGUGAGAACCCCAUUUUGUUCCGUGGAGUCACAUGUUACCAUAGGACAAUUUCCCAGCUGUCCGGUCCUUAAAGUUGUGCGAUUUCCCGGCACAACCUGGGGGAUGGCAGGUCAGAGGCCCAGACUGCGUACAGCCUGUACACAGCCCCACGGCCACGAAGGACCAGGGGAGGCAGGGCUGCACACAGGGUGUCUGUGUCCCCCAAAAUACCUCAGUGUGACAGUAGCAGAGGGACAGGUGAUUAGGUCGGGAGGAGGGAGCCCCAGAGAGCUCCAUACACCCGUGAGGGCGCAGUGAGAUGGUGUCCUGUGACCCGGGCAGCAAGCUCCCACCACAUAUCCAGUAUCCAGUCCGCCAGCUCCUUGGUCUGGGACUCGCCGGCCCCCAGAACCAUGAGCUACUUGUGUACUUGCAAUCUGCCCCAUAUUCGGUGUUCUGUUCUGAGCCCUUCCAGACUGAGCAAGAUUGGGAGCCACAUUCUCCCAGCUGCUGGCCUCUCAGGCUCUGUCUUCCCUCCAGUAAGCUGCCCGUGGGCCUCGCUGGGGCCACAUGCCUACCAAGCUUUUGAUGGUGUCGCCCCAGCUUCCACAAAGUGCUUACUCCAUGUCCAGAGUAUGGAACAGUGUGGUGGACUGGACACGCCACCGGUGUGCCCCAACCAGUGUGGCCUUGGUGCCCAGAAGCAUACUUGUCAUUUGCAUUGCAUUCCCCACAAGCCUUGACGUCCAGCUCUGCUGGCCUUGGAGGCCACGUGUCCUCAGUUAGCACUGUUCACUGCGUCCCCCUCUCUCUAGGGCGGCUGCUUGUUUUCCUAACAACUUUAUUGAGAUACGGUGCACAUCCAUGUCAUCCACUCAGCAACCAUCGGCAUCAUCAAUUUCAGAACAUUUUUCUUAACCCCAGAAAGAAAUCCAUCACCCCUUCAUCCUCACCACCCACCCCCCUCAGCUCCCCAUCCCUCUAUGGAUUUGCCUGUUGUGGACAUAACCAGUAAAAAUGGAAUCAUGAAGUUCCCCAGGGCUUCUGGACCCUUCCUUGAACGUCAUGCCCUGGUUCCUCCCACGUUCCCUCCCUUUCCCUGGAGCCCCCAGGCUCACACUGGCCUUUGCUCACCACACAUGCCGGAAGUUCUGUCAGCCUGUGGUGUCUGCUGUCAGCCCAAUGCCAAAACCAUGAAGAGCGUGUGUAAAUAAAGCCUUGCCUUGCUUUUCGUAUUCUUCUGAAA